AUGGAUGAUGAGGAGGUGCUCAUCGAGGAAGUGCCCAGAGAGGCACCAAGUAGCGCCGACGCCAAAAUGGUCGAAGGAGCCCCAGAGGAGGGAGGGCCUGCCGAGGAGGCUGAGGCCGACGACGCAGAAAACGGAGAGGAAGAGGAUACUCGGAGUGCAUCAGACAAGGCGCUGGAUGCAAUCGAAGCUGAAAAGAAGAAGCUGAACGCACUUGAGCAGCUGGAAACAGCGCUGCUGUGGAAGGCGGAGGGCAACGACUUCUUCAAGAAGGGCGAACUGUUCAAAGCAGCAGACUGCUACUACCAUGCCAUCGUUUUUGCGCGGGAUUUGACAAAGAAUCCCGACCACUACCCAGAGAUCAAGCACACGCAGUUCGAGAGAGGCAAGGCUCAGGAGAUGUGCGAAUCAGUCUUUACCAACUUGGCGCUUGUACAGCUAAAGUACGGCAACAGCCUCGACAAGGAAAGCGCGGAACGGCCCAAGGUCUUCCGAGAGGGAAUCAAAUCUGCCUCCGAAGCCUUGAAGAUGAACUCCAACAACGCAAAGGCGCUCUUCCGCCGGGCAGCCAUCAAUGCUGUGCUGGCCAAGGACGCCGCGAACUCUGAGGCGCAGGCGCUCUGCGCCGAGAGCAAGGCGGACCUCAUGAAGGUUAUCGAGGAGAAGGAUUUGCUGGGAGAUGGAUCCGUCCGGAAGCAGCAGGUCUCUGCGGGGGAUGGUGGCAAGUGGCUGAACGAGGACUGGCUGAAUUGGAAAGCAGGCACGAAGUGUGUGGUACACUUGGCCGUGCACAUCGCAGGCAGCUUCAUCAAAGGUCGGUCCGAGCCGACUCCAGCUUACGUUUCCUUCAUCCUGGGAGAUCCCGACAUGCAUGAGGGUGUGAAUGUCGCGGUGAAAUCCAUGACGAAGGGGGAGGUUGCCAACUUCACCUUUACCAGCCAGCGGCUUUCUGCCAGCAGCAGCCUCACGAAGCUUUUGCCCAAGGUUCAGGGGGAUUCUUGCAGCUGGCGGAUCGAGUUUCAGAAGUUUGUAACCUGGGAAGAUCUCGAUCGAAAUGGAGAGAGGCAGGGCUGGGUUGAAGUCCGCUUGGCCAUUUUGGGGUUGGGUCUGGUGACAUUUGGGCAAGAAAGAAAAGCGAGCAACUACUACCGCAACCUACAAGCAGUUCCUCUGCCGAAGUCUACUUUAAAAUGCUCCAAACUCCAUUCGUACUGUCAGGGCCGUCAAGACCCCCCAAAGUAUGAAGCUGCUUGGUUAGGUCUUUGGGGUCUGGUUUGUCCUCUGGGUUGGUGCGGGCUUUCGGGGUCCUGA